GAAGGAAGACAAAAGGCAAAGGUGACAAUUGCAAGGAGUAAUAUAUUUCCAAAAAAUGAGAAGACCUCAAAGGGCUUAUAGUAGUGGACAAGAUAACGAUCAAGUAUUAGAUGAGCCAGUGCCAGAUGAUCAUGUUGUAACAGUAGAUGAACAUCAUGAUGCCAGUGCAAAAAGAUUACACUACCUCGACACUUCUGUUCGCCUCUAUCAAGCUGCCCUAAAAGGUGAUUGGCAAGUUGCUAAGAUUCUAAUUGAGAAAUAUCCAGAUCUCGUUCGUCGUCCCAUAACAGAACAGAAAGACACAGCUCUUCACAUCGCAGUUGCAGCAAAACACGCCACUUUUGCAAAAGAACUGGUCAAAUGUAUGACUUCGGAGGACAUAGAAUUACGAAAUGAAAAUGGAAACACAGCCCUUUGCUUUGCUGCUUAUGCUGGUGGAUCAGAACUCGUGUCAAUUGUCCAGGAGAUGGUGCAAGAGAACAAGAAGCUGCCACUAGUCCGUGGUAGCUGUGGAAAUACACCACUUUACAUUGCAGCUUUGAAUGGAAGUAAAGAGAUGGUGUCCUAUCUAUACCCUCUGACUCCUUUUGAAGAUUUGGCUCCUAUUGACCGCAUUGAUAUCCUUGUUGCCACUAUUUCUACUGAUAUGUAUGGCUACUCAUAG